UCAAAUGGAGGGAAACCUGUUCGUCCCAUCAGUAUCCAUCCUCAUAAGCUUUCCCAAAUCUAAUUUCCCAAUUCGAUUUUCCCGAUUGCAAUGGCUGACACUCUGAGCCCUAAUCCGGCAACCUAGAAGCGGAGGCUCCCAAUGGCCGCUCGUCUCCAGUCUCCAACCAGCCUCUUCUUCCUCGGCUCCAAUGACGACAACCGCGAGCGUGCACAGGCUCGCGCAGCACCCGCCGCCGCGAUUCGGAGGAAGUCCGUUGCGCUCAAUCUGCUGCCACAGCUGGGAGACCCCAAUCACGGCCUCGGAAAGGCGCAGAUCCUCGAGCUGUUUCAGAAUUGCAUCAAACUCGCCAGUGAAAAUGUCAGUUAGAUUUUUCAAGUAAUUGAAAGUUUUGAAAUUAAUUUUUUUAACAGAAAGUUACAAUUACUUUAUUUGUCAAAUGAGUGAG